AUGGCUCACAAAUACACCAGAAGACAUAAUGAUAUCCUAUCUAGUCUUCCUUCAGUACCAUCUUCGAAUGCCCCCAAUUCCGUUCCUCUCCUCCUGGUCACCCCGAGCUUUGCCCACUGGCUCGACCCUAGCAGUCCUUUCCUGUCACAAUGUCUAGGCCAACUAUAUGGGACUUCUGCGGAGGCAACUUCUGCCUACGCUGUCGCCGCUGUGGUCGACGCACUUCCAGAUACCCGUACGAUAUCCACAGCACCUGCGUCUCAGAAUUCCCCUGCGGCGUCAACAGAAUCAGAAGGUCUGUCGCUUUUGGUGACUGAAGAAUCAAAUUUCCACGGAAAGGCUGCACCGCCUCGUCUCAUUAGAAGCUCUGCCAGCGAGGAGACCAACCUCUUGGUUUCCAUUCAAACUGGGAGUCCUGGCCAAACCAACAACAGACCUGCCCACGAAAUUGGACUACGUCUUGCCAACACCGUUUUUGUCAACGGGAAGGAAACGACGAUAUCAGGCACGCAAUGGCUUCGGGAUAGCGGCUCAAACGAGUACGUUUUGGAACAAUCAGUCGAUCUUACAAGCUGCAUGGUUACGGCUACUGCGCAAGCUGUGAACACUACACUGGAUCUUCCAUUGCACCAAGUGACCGAACGGCGAAAGGUCAUCUCUAGCAUGGGAAACAUUCUACGACAACUGGGCAAAUCGACUGAUCCCGCGUCCAAUGAGCCAAUGCCUGCUUCUUCGGAGCUUGAGAAAGAGCUUCCGCGUUAUAUUGCAGAGCAUAAUAUUGUUGACCAACGGGUGUCCGUAUGGGCGCUGGUGGAGAAGCCUGAGAUAGUUGUAGCCGAUGCAGCUGCAUCGACCCAUGAUCGCUUGAUCCAGUCUCUGCACCAGGGUGGCAAGUUGCACCGUGUCAUGAGUGGUGGAGGGGGAUGGGGCAAAAAGCAAGGCCUCCUUUCACUGGACCCCGAAGUCAGCUUCUCGGGGACAGCUAAUCGCGACGAGCUAGUUGCCUUGAGUCAAAUCUUCGAUCCUGAAAAUUUGCCCACCGACACAUUGCCUUCUCUUGACAAGGGCAUAACCGUGGAUGAUUUGUCUCUUCUUUCACAGGUCGCUACUGCAGGUGAUUUCAUUCAGUUCUUUGUGGCAGUAGAGCCGACUUAUUCACAAAGUAAAGUCUCGGAUGAAGCUGGCCCGCCAGAAGUUGCUGUCAGCUAUCACUUUGGUAUGGUAUCUGACUCUAUGGAACUGGAUACGCAUGAGGGCAGCUCAAGCGUGAAAGAUCUCGUUGCUAUGCCUUAUCAAUUCGGCGCCCUGUCUGAGAAGGCAAUUGCGUACUCCCAGCCGAUGAAAGGAGCUGGGUCAGAGUCCACCAAGUUGGACAUUCCAGGAUCUCGAGUGCUCCUUGAGGCUAUAUGGAUAGACUAG